ACGCGGAGCAGCCCAUCAGAGAGUCUCUGCCUCCGCUCCUGUUAUCUGCACCGCCGCUCCUCGCGCUGACGGAUUCUAACUUGACACACAAGCUCAGGAUUUUUUUUUCAUUGCUCUGUGGGAGAGGGGAGCUCAUAUCACUCCGUGCUCUUCCCUUCUUCUCAAGUGGACCGUAAUUUUGCUGUGUUUUUGUGGGAUAUUUCCAUAAAAAAGAGAAAAAGAUGCCUGCCGAUAUUAUGGAAAAGACCUCGUCCUCCCCGGUCGCUGCAACCCCGGCAAGCAUGAACACAACCCCCGAUAAACCCAAGACAGCCUCGGAGCACAGAAAGUCAUCCAAGCCUAUUAUGGAAAAAAGGAGAAGAGCCAGAAUCAACGAGAGUCUGGGUCAGCUCAAGACACUCAUCCUGGAUGCGCUGAAAAAAGAUAGCUCCAGACACUCCAAACUAGAGAAGGCAGACAUCCUGGAGAUGACGGUGAAGCAUCUGCGGAACCUUCAGAGAGCUCAGAUGACCGCUGCUCUGAACACAGAUCCCACAGUCUUGGGAAAAUAUCGUGCCGGUUUCAGCGAGUGCAUGAACGAAGUCACACGGUUCUUAUCCACCUGCGAAGGUGUCAACACUGAGGUCAGGACGCGGUUGCUCGGUCACCUGGCUAACUGCAUGACCCAGAUCAACGCCAUGAACUAUCCCAGUCAGCAUCAGCACCAGCACCAGCUGCCCUCCACCGCGGGGCCCGCACACCCGUCCUUCGGCCAGUCAGUGGUUCAGAUCCCCAACUCGUCCCCGCAGGUCCUGCCAAUGAACGCGGUCUCCUGUAAAGGAGGCUCGUCGCCUGCGAGUUUACCCUCAGACGCUACCAAAGUGUACGGUGGCUUCCAGAUUGUGCCUGCAACGGACGGACAGUUCGCUUUCCUCAUACCCAAUGCGGCGUUCGCGCCAAAUGGCCCCGUAAUCCCCGUAUACGCCAACAACGCCGGCACGCCGGUGCCAGUGCCGGCUGCGGUGUCUCCCGGAGCCCCGUCAGGCAACACAGACUCAGUGUGGAGACCGUGGUGAAAAGUGGGAAAUGACCAUAAUAGACUUCAAAGUGACACUUAAUAGUUCUCUCUAUUUGUUUAAUGUUAGUAAAGUUGUUUUGGAUCUUGUUUUUUUCUUGUAAAAUGAAAAGAGUAUGCACUAUAUUUGUACAGCUAACAAGGGAGUAAAGUUCAUAUUGAAAUGAGAUUUGUAUUGUGGAAGUCCGUUCACUGCAUUUUUAUAUAAUUGAGUUGUCUUUUUUUACUCUGUGAUGCCAAAGAUAUGUCCAAUGCUCUUACGCUGUUCUUCGUUUUGGAAGACAAAUAAAUUUGUAAAGAUAUAAACUA